AUGAAUUCAUUCGAUAGCAAAGGGCGGUGAGCAACUAAUACAAUUUUUUGAUAAAUAUAAAGAGAAUGCAUUUUAGAUAUCGCCCUCUGGACAUUAAUCUUCCGCGAACAUUGCCCAAGCGACCGGAUGGAUGGCAAGGUUUUGCCGCCGACACUCCACUCACUGAGAUCGGCUACCUUCAAUCUAAACUGACAGGUUAGUUGAGCUCAAAGUGGUAGCCAAUGAUCAAAAACGGAUUCCAGGCAGAGCCUUCCGCGACAACAACAUCGAAGUGCAUCAUGUGUUCUGCUCGCCAGCUCUCAGGUGCAUCCAAACAACAAUUGGCCUUCUCAAAGGAAUGGGUACGUCGUGUUUCUUCCGAUGACGACUGACAUAUCUCAAAAUAAAUGUGUUCCAGGAGCUGACAAGCGUCUUCAAUUCCAUGUGGAGCCAGGACUUUAUGAGUGGAUGGUGUGGGCAAGAUAUGCUAGACCGUGUUGGAUUCCACCGAAAGAUUUGAAAAGGAUUGGCUACCCAGUCUCGGAGAACUACAUUCCAUGCUGGACGGAUAAGGAACUGAGAAUGAACGAGUCGAUGGUUGACUAUUAUCAGCGAUCGUUCAAUUCUAUGAACAAAAUAUUAUCCGAAUAUCCAGAAGGUAAUGGUUUUCUUCGAUCUGAAUAGUGUCUCAUGAUGGUCUUUACAGGUAACAUUCUGAUUGUCGCUCACGGAGCGUCCCUCGAAACGUGCACUCGUCAACUGGUCGGCGGCGACAUCAGAUCGACUGACGACUUCUACUACUUGCUUCAAAAUACGCCCUAUUUGUCAUGUGUGGAAUUGAACUCCCGUGAAGGAUUAUGGAGACUAGCGGGCAGUCCGAUUCCCUCUUUUUCGCAUACUUACAACCGCACUUUUGAUCCAUUGCAACUCGUUACCAAAGACUUGGCCUCCUUGAAGAGGGAGCGAGCGGAGAGAGAUAACAUGAGAACCACCCAGUGA